GUCGUCGGGUCGUCAUGUCAGUUUUGGACAAACACUCCGAGAGGCACGUCAGGGCCCAGCGUGCGCGCUUCUCGUCUCGAUCCAGUGUGUGUUGUGUGUGUUGUGUCUGUGUCAGUGUCAGUGUCCGUGUCGGUGUCCGUGUCUGUGUGCGCGUGUAUGUGUUUUGCCUGUAAAAAGCCAAGCCAAAAGGCAGCAGAUUCCCGUUCUGUGGCAAAUUUGUGCUGUAAUCGGCGGUACAUUGUGCAAACGAAAAAAAAAGCGAAGUGAAAGUGCGACACUGAAGCGAUAACAACAACAACAACAACAUCAACAACAGCAACAACUACUUUAAGAGCAACGACAACAACAACAACAACUGGCAACUGACAACUGGCAGCAACGAUGUGCGGGGCAGUGCCAUUUCAACUGUCAAAAUGACAAAAGAAGCAGCAACAGCAACCACUACAACAAUAACAACGAGAAGCAAUUAAAAAUAAAUAAACGAAAACAACGUGUUAAAGUGUUGAUAUGCAAUUAUUAAAUAAUAUUGAAGUUGCAGUUGAAGCUGAGUAGAAACACAAAACCGAAAACGAAAUCGUCGUCAUUCAGGAACAAAUGAAGACGCUGGCGAGCGUCUUCCUCUCGCCAUCUGACUGACUCUCGCUGUCUCUCUCUCUCUCCCUCUCUCUCUCUCUCACUCCGUCAGUCUCUCAAUCUAUUGCUCUCGCUACAACUGUCAUUCUCUCGGUCUAUGCAACUCCCCCUCUCGUUCACUCGCUCGCUCGUUUGUUCGCCUGUCGUCGUCGACUCAACUCGCGCGCUCUCUUCGGCUCUCACAACAACAACGGCAGCGAGUGCUGUGAGCAUUGGCUGGCCGAAAACAGCUGUUUUUGUCCGGUCUUCUUCUGCGUCGACGCGUGUGUACAUAACCUCAAUCAUCGAGCAACAAAGUAUAACAAAAAAGUCCUCGUGCUGCGCUUGGAUGUUGCGGUAGGCAGCAACGCAACGUCGACGUUGACGUUGGCGUCGUCCAGCCCACUCUCUCUCUCGCACUCUCGCACUCUCUCGCUCCUUUGCUCGCGCAGUCUCGCGCACUCACUCACACUCACACUCUCAGACUUUUGUGCUGCUUUGACGAGUGCAACGGCUGCGUCUAGCCCAAGGAGCAGCAGCUCUCAGGCCGAGCCGCAGGCUUUGGCUGUUGCGGGUGGUGACGUCGCUGCAGCUGCUGCUGCGACGCCGACGUCAGCGCAAGCAACAACAACAACAACAAAAAUAACAGCAACGAGAACAGUAACAGCAACAACAACAAUAGCAGCAGCAACGGCAGCAACGACAGCAGUAGCAGCAGCAGCAGCAGCAGCAGCAGCAACAAUCAGCAGCAACAUCAGCGCCCUGUGUGCACCGACAAUAAUAUGAGGAGUGGCAGUUCGGAAUUACUACUCGAGCAGCAACAACAAGAGCUACGGUUACGUAAAAUCCGAGAACUGGCUCCAAAAAAGAAAAAUGGCAAUCGGCGCUUUCGUUCGUGGCGGGAACGUGCGCGUUUCUAUGGCACCUCAACACUCGCCUUCUUCUCGGUGACCGCCGGCGCAUCGCUGCUAUUCCUGGUGCCGCUCUACGUCGAUCCGGCCAUCUCGACGCUGAGUCACGAUUUCGUCGAGCAUCCCACGCUGUGCACAACGACGCGUCGCGAAGAUCUCGUCGGCAUCUUCAACUGUUCGUGGAGCUCGUGCCGCGAGGGCUGCACCUCAGAUCUAUAUCGUUGUGUCCACAUCUAUGUGACGUUUAUCGAACAGAACAUAACGAUACCCGAGAAUAUGACCGAUUAUAGCAAUUAUACCGCCGAUUGGGAGCAAUCCAAUGAGGCAACGCUGCUCGUCAACAUCAAAGGUUGCGGCUAUCCGCCCACAGUGACGUGCAAAAAUUUCAAUAACUAUUAUGGCGUCGAGGGCGCCAUCUAUCCGUGUUUCUAUUCACGUAAAAAUAAGACCGUCGUCCUAACGUCCUACAAUCACGACGAUCAGGUGUCCAUGAUCAUACAUUUUUUUGUGGUGCCAUUUGUGAUAACGGUCAUCUCAUCCAUCGCCCUGUGCAUCAUGCACUGCGACUGCCGCUGCAAAAAGGAUCGCAGCCAUCGACGCAAUCGUCCCCAGUGCCGCAGGCCGCGCAUCGAAAAUCUCAGUGACACUUCGAUAUCAACGCGCGUGGACAUGCUCACGCCUGCUAUUGAAGUCUAUAAGCCGCCGCUCUGACACAAAGAUGACACUGUGGAGAGCAAUUUAGGGAAUCCAUCGACGAGUAGCGAUUUCUAGCAGAAGCUAAUCACCACUGCGGAACUAACUACGGAUAAUCUAUUUGUUCUUCCAUCAUAGUGUCAAUCAAGUCUAGCAAACUGAAUUCUGAAACAAAAACCUUAAAACCCAAACAACUUUUGGCUACAAUGGAGGCCAAACAACAACUCCUCAGGCGCCCAAAAAUAACAAAAAACAA